GAACUUUCCCCCCAGGAGAGUGGACAGAAGAACAGCCCCAAGCUUAUGGUGCUCAGGCCGGACUUGGAGCUGGGUUUCCCACUCGGACUCUCUAAUCUUGGGGGUCCAGACCAAACGAUAUCACUGUGUGAUAGACGAUGCUCCUCCUUCCAUCCCAAGGACUGAUGGAUAUAAAGAGCUGGAGUCUUGGAGGAGGCUUAAAGCAAGCAUAUAAGUGCAGGAAGUUCUAGGUCCCCGGAAGAAUAUCUGAACUCAUGAUAGGACUGGGGCUAAAUAAAGGCCACUAUUGGCCCUAUGACGAGAAGGUCGCUUAUCAUAUUUCAGAAAGAUAAUCUAGCAUGGUUUUCCUGAGUGGCUAGGUAGUGUCGACUCAAGGCCAUGGUGGAUCCUGCCCUCUGCCCCAACAGUGAACUUAGACGGCAUUGGGUGCAUGGAUAGAUGUUAAGAAGUUGCUGCUCGUUGCCUUUUCCUUUGGUCUGCAAGUUGUCUUACUUAAUUGCACUAUGGAAAUGCUGCUAAGGGACGAAAUGGGGAGAAGCUACCGGGCAGGGCUGUAGUACCAAAAGCCCGCGACCCCACAGGUCUCUGGAAAGAUUGAAGGGUUGGAACCUGAACUGGUUUCCUUUGUCGCCUUUUCAUCUCAGAGGAAAUGGCGAGUAAACGAAAAUCCACCGUACCCUGCAUGGUCCUGGCGAGAGAACUGGAUCCAGAUGUAGAAGCAGUAUCAGAUGCCGAUGAAGUGUUGCCAGUGAUCACAUCUGCAGGAAGCGUGUCAAGUGAUGAAGACUCUCGAGAAUGUGUAGAUUCCGACAGUCAGCAAAAUAAAAAAGUUGAAGGCGGCUAUGAAUGCAAAUACUGUACGUUUCAGACUCCUGAUUUAAAUAUGUUUACUUUCCACGUGGAUUCCGAGCACCCCAAUGUUGUUUUAAGUUCAUCUUAUGUCUGCCUCGAAUGCAAAUUUGUUACCAAAAGGUAUGAUGCUCUUUCAGAACAUAAUACGAAGUACCAUCCUGGAGAGGAAAACUUCAAACUGACCAUGGUUAAACGCAACAACCAAACCAUAUUCGAGCAAACGGUGAACGAUCUUACUUUUGAUGGGAGUUUUGUCCAAGAGGAGAAAGCGGAAGAAUUAUUGGAGGGUUCUGAGACCCACUUGGGCGGCAUCUCGAUCAGCAAAACCCCCAUUAUGAAAAUGAUGAAAAAUAAGAAUGAAACAAAGCGGAUUGUUGUUUUUCACAAUGCGGCAGAAGAUGGUCCUGCAGAAGAAAAAGAUGCUGACCCCGACACAGAGUGUGAGGAAAUAAUAGAAAAAGCACUCCCUGCAGUUCCAGACACCAACCCAGCUAAUCCAUUAGCUGCAGAAGCAGUCAGCACGGCUGUGAACCCAGCAACGGUGAUUCAGCCCGCUCAGGUGAUCACCACCCUAGCAUCUUCACCAACUUCUAAUUUAAUUUCUAAAGUCUUGAUCCCUAUUAAUAGUAUCCCGGCCUACAACACUGCUUUGGAUAACAACCCUCUCUUGCAGAACACUUACAAUAAAUUUCCAUACCCAACUGUCUCGGAAAUCACACUCCUGGCUACUCAAGCUAAGUAUACCGAGGAACAAAUCAAAAUCUGGUUCUCUGCCCAGCGUUUGAAACACGGGGUGAGCUGGACACCAGAAGAAGUGGAGGACGCCAGAAGGAAGCAGUUUAACGGCACGGUGCAUACCGUUCCUCAGACAAUUACAGUUAUUCCAGCACAUAUUUCGGCGGCUAACAACGGUCUGCCUUCCAUUUUGCAGACGUGCCAAAUUGUGGGCCAGCCAGGCCUCGUUCUGACGCAAGUCGCGGGAACCAGCACUCUUCCAGUGACGGCCCCCAUCGCGUUGACGAUGGCAGGAGUUCCAAAUCCAGCCCAGCUGCAGAAAGCCCAGGGCCAGACUACACAGCCUGUUCCCGAAACCAAACAAAUAGCUGCUGUCCCCGCGCCCCAGCUUACGAAAUCGGAGGUGGUGGCCGCUGCUGCCACCACCAACAUGGACCCGGUUGCUGUCCGGGCAAAGAAGACAAAGGAGCAGCUGACGGAGUUAAAAGUCAGCUAUCUUAAAAGUCACUUUCCUCUCGAUUCGGAGAUCAUCAGGCUCAUGGAAACAACCGGCUUGACGAAAGGGGAGAUUAAAAAGUGGUUCAGCGAUACCAGGUACAAUCAGAGGAAUUCAAAGCACAAUUAUUACAAUCAUCAGAACAGCGAUUCCUGCACUAUCGUUAUUGACUCCAGCGACGAAACCAGUGAACCCCCCCCACUGGUCCAACCGCAGCAGAAGCAGCCCUGUGGCGCCUCUGAUUUGAGCCCUCAGAAGUUCAAAGAGAAGACUGCGGAGCAACUUAAAGUCCUCCAGGACAGCUUCCACAACAAUCCUUCCCUUUCUGAGGAUGAACUGAAUAGGAUAAGUUUAGAAACAAAGCUGAGCAGAGAAGAAAUAGAUGCUUGGUUUGCAGAACAGAAGAAACCGAGUGUUUCCCCGGAAGAAUGUGAGGAAUUGAAUGCAGGUCAUUCUGAGAGUCAGAAGGAAAUUGCUGCAGCAGAAACCUCUGGAGGUGAAGGCUCUGGAGCCCAGAAGGCAGGAAAGCAGACAAAAAAGUCACCAGAACAAUUGCACAUGCUCAAAAUGUCAUUCGUUCGAACUCAGUGGCCUUCUUCGGAGGAAUAUGAUAAGUUGGCCAAAGAAACAGGCCUUCCUCGAACCGAGAUUGUGAGUUGGUUCGGGGAUACUCGUUAUGCCUGGAAAAACGGUGGCUUGAAAUGGUACUACUAUUAUCAAGGGAACAGUGCAAACAGUGUGAAUGGUCAAGGCCAUUCCAGACGGAGGGGGCGGGGAAGGCCCAAGGGGAGGGGAAGGGGGCGGCCACGCGGGCGGUUGAUGUCCAACAAAAGGAUCAAACCCUGGGACCGAACCCCAGUCAUCAAGUUUAAAACUGGAAAAGCAAUCCUCAAGGAUUAUUACCUGAAACACAAGUUUCUUAAUGAGCAGGACCUUGACGAACUGGUUGCAAAAUCGCACAUGGGCUAUGAGCAGGUCAGGGAAUGGUUUGGGGACAGGCAGAGACGAGCUGAACUUGGCCUUGAGCUGUUUGAUGAGGAAGAGGAAGAGGAGAUGCUGGAUGACCAGGAGGAUGAAGAGGAUGAGGAAGAAACAGAUGACAGUGACAACUGGGAGCCGCCACGGCAUGUUCGGCGUAGGUUGUCAAAAUCAGACUGACCUGAAUGUUCCUGGGAUGGUCAGAACGUGACCUUGCUGUGUGGUUGACCUUGCCAAAUGAUUGGUGCUGACCCUCUCCUUCUAGCAGUUGUCUACUUUAAAUUUGCUCCAUCUUGAAGGCGGAAUUGAGUGGUUGACCCAUGCAUCAAAUGCACACUUGUUCCUUGUUGAGCAGAAAUGGAAGAGCAAGUCUGGGACUUGGAACUACAGAGUCUUCAGAAAUUUAGUUGUCCAUACUCUGCUGAUAGGGGCACAUUGAAGGGACUAUGUGCUCAAUUGCCUUAUGUUUGUUUCCAAAUAUCCUGUGAGGAAAGGAAUGCGUUUUUUUUAGAAAAUGAUAUUGUCUUUUCCAGAAGCAGAAUUGUCCCAGAAUGAAGAAAAGUGCUCACAGUGUCCCUGUUGCUAAGCUGCAUGUCAGUUUUCUUUCCUCCAAACGUAAGAAAGGCUUCAUAAGAAACUUCAGGUACCUGAAAAGAUGUCCCACAGAAGGAAUCAAGACUUGUUCUCUAUCUUUCCAGCAUGCAGGACGUUAAAUAAUGGAUUUCAGUUACAGGAAGACAGGUUCUGGUGGAAUGUUGAGGGAUAAAAAAACGUUCCUAAAAUAAGAGCGGUUCACCAUUUAUCCUGCAGGGUGAUGGAUUCUUUUAGUGGGGCAUGUUGAGACUGAGACUAAACCACCAUCUGUUGGAGAUGCUCUAAUUUGGAUUCCUACCCUGAGAAGGUGGCUGGCCUCAGUGGCCCCUUUGGCUCUCUGAGUCUAGGAAAAUAAGAUGAUUUGGGGAGAAAGGAUACCAAAGGAGGGAAACAAUGGAGGGGUGACAAUUGCUUGAGGUGUUUGAGUUUUUUAAGGAAAUUAGAGGAAAGGAAUAUCUUUGUUACAUACAGAGCCUGUGUACUAGGUUUACAGAACUCAUGUUGAAUGUGUCUCUCUAGCUGUGUUCAGGGAAUUUGGGUCUGAAGUAUGUUUUUAUAUUAAAACUAAUCCGUGUAUAUCAUAUUUAAAUACUAGAUACAAUUAAUGCAGCCAAUACCAAACACUUGGUUUUGAUUGUGCAGUUAUUUUUCCUUCCAAGCUAUCAACAAAGUAAAGAAUCGUUUUCAGAGAAAAAACCCACGUUUUCCCGAAAGUUCUGCACGACAGUUUCUUUAAUGAAAGGAGCAAGGCUGAGAGGCUUUGUUGAAAGCAGGAGUCACUAACUGCCCUCUUCCACCUCCAUGUAUCAAGACUCUUUGGACAACUGGUCCUCAUAGGCAAUAGAAGGGGGAUCUGGCGCCCUCCUAAGAGGAGAGGAAUGCCCACCUGAUGGAGGCGCAGAUACUGCCCAAGCGGAAAACAACCCAUAAACC